CAGUUGUAAACUGCUAUGGAAACUGUAUGCUGAGAGGUCAUCAUGAUGUCAAUAUGUUUGUGUCAUUUCAGGCCUGUCUACGUCUCUACGGUUAGACCCCAAUCUAAACACAUAGUUAUCAUUGUGGACCAUGGGGCUUCAGUCACAGAGACACAACUUCAAAUUGCCAAAGAUGCAGCUCAGGUCAUUCUGAGCUCUAUAGAUGAACAUGAUAAGAUCUCAGUGCUAACUGUGGCAGACACAGUAAGAACCUGCUCACUGGAUCAGUGCUAUAAGACAUUUUUGUCUCCUGCCACUAGUGAGACAAAAAGGAAGAUGUCCACCUUCGUUAGUAGUAUAAAGUCAUCUGACAACCCUACCCAGCAUGCAGUGGGAUUUCAAAAGGCUUUUCAAUUAAUACGAAAUACAAACAAUGGCACAAAGCUCCAAGGAAUUACAGAUAUGGUCGUAAUUUACCUGUCAGCUGGGAUUACAUCAAAAGAUGCUUCAGAUGAUGAUAAAAAGGCUACUCUCCGUGUCAUCAAUGAAGAAAAUAGUUUCCUCAAUAACUCAGUUAUGAUUCUCACUUAUGCACUCAUGAACGAGGGAGUGACAGGUUUAAAAGAACUGGCAUUUCUCCGAGAUCUGGCAGAACAGAACUCAGUGAAGUAUGGAGUGCCUGAUCGAACUGCCUUACCUGUGAUCAAGGGGAGUAUGAUGGUCUUGAACCAGCUCAGUAACUUGGAAACCACAGUGGGUCGAUUUUAUACAAACCUCCCCAAUCGAAUGAUUGAUGAGGCGGUCUUCAGCCUGCCCUUCUCCGAUGAAAUGGGAGAUGGUCUGAUAAUGACUGUAAGUAAACCUUGUUACUUUGGAAACAUGCUGCUUGGGAUUGUGGGAGUGGAUGUUAACCUGGCAUAUAUCUUGGAGGAUGUCACCUAUUAUCAAGAUUCUUUGGCUUCCUACACAUUUCUCAUAGACAAUAAAGGGUAUACUCUUAUGCAUCCAUCCCUUACAAGGCCUUAUUUGCUGUCUGAACCACCACUUCACACUGACAUCAUACAUUACGAGAACAUUCCAAAAUUUGAAUUGGUUCGGCAGAACAUCCUUAGGUAA